AACUAGUCCAUUUUUGGCCGUGCCACUUGAAGUCGUUGCGUUCGGACGGUCUGCUUUUCUUGCAAAUUAACGCAUUAUACGUGCGCUUCUUAUUUGUUUUUAUCGCGAACUGUGUAAGAAUUAUAAAUAAAUGCAAUCGCGCUGAAAGUAAACAACAUCUAAGAUAAAGUGUGAAAUGAGUCUGCUCAAGCCAACAGCUGCUUCAAGCUGUUAAGAACUGAUUUUUUGGUCAAGGCCAUGACGCAUUGAAGACGUUGCACUUCAUACACUUCGUGAACCAGGUGAAGUGGUCAUGUUGCAGCCCGAGCUGCAGCUCGAGGAUGUCGCCGGCGACGAUGCCGCUGGUCGCCAGGCAACGACGAUGACGACGACGAACAUUGUGUCAGCCAUGGCUGGCAUCAGUCUCGAUGACGAUGUCGAAGAUGUGGAUGUGGAUGUUGUAGAGCUGGAGCGUAAGCCGCAUUUUCUCGACUACGAUGCAGCGGUGCCGCCCGACUACGAGGAUAGCUACAGUGGCUACAAUCAUCGAGCGGCUGCCGGCGAGCAGCUGAAAAUGGACAAGAAAUACGAGCGGGAUGGCGAAAUAAGUGACUACGAGCUGGCAGCCAGUGGUUACACCAAGAAGGAGUUCACCCAGGACGACAAUACGCUGCACUUUACCCAAAGCGCCGGCGCUGGCGGCGUUGUGGGGUCGAAGAAGCCGCCUGCGAAGCAUUUUCUCGACGAGAAUCCCAUUGCACCCGACUAUAUGUUGGCCCAGGAGUUGCGCGAGCAUCGCAGUCUCGAUCGCAACUUUGAGCGGCAGUCCGCGCAGCAGCAGCAACAACAGGAGUUGCUGCCACCUCAACGUUUGGGCUCGCCGGCCGCUGUGAAUGCUGUGGGACGUGUGUCGCGCAGCAAGGAACCUUCGUAUACGUUGUCGCGUUUCUUGGAUGGCGAUGCGGCGCCUGUGUUGCCGCGUCUACCUAAGGGAGCUGCCUGGACGAGCAGCUCGGAUGUGGACGCCACGUUGGGCGCCAAGGUGGAAUGUGUUUACUCGUUGCUCUCGAUGCUAGGCUCGAAUGAUCCGUUGGAGAUGUCCAAGAAGUUUCUCGAACUCUCGGCGAAUGCGCAAAGUUGUGCCACAUUGCGACGCUCGGGUUGCAUGCCGCUGCUGGUGCAGAUGAUGCAUGCCCCGGACAAUGAGCAAGAGGUGCGCAAGUGCGCCAGCUUGGCCCUCCACAAUGUGGUGCACAGUCAUCCGGAUGAGAAGGCCGGCCGAAGGGAGGCUAAAGUGUUGCGUUUGCUUGAUCAAAUUGUGGACUAUUGCAACUUCCUGAAGACGUUGCUGCAAAGUGGCGGCGAGGCAAUUGCGGAUGACUCCGAUCGACAUCCUUUGGCGGCGAUUUCAUCGCUGAUGAAAGUUAGCUUCGAUGAGGAGCAUCGUCAUGCCAUGUGCGAUUUGGGUGCCUUGCAAGUCAUCCCGAAUCUAGUGCAUUUGGAUCAUGCGGUGCACGGUCCCAAACCUGAGGAUCAAUGCUGCAAUUCGUUGCGUCGCUAUGCGUUGAUGGCUUUAACCAACCUGACAUUUGGUGAUGAGAACAAUAAAGCUUUGCUUUGCGGUCAGAAGCAGUUUAUGGAGGCGCUGGUCGCCCAGCUGGACACCACGGGACCCGAUGAUCUCCUCCAGGUGACGGCGAGUGUGUUGCGCAAUCUUUCGUGGCGAGCCGACAGCAACAUGAAGGCAGUGCUCAAUGAGAUUGGCACGGUGACCGCUUUGGCCAAGGCAGCCAUGCGCAACAAGAGCGAGAACACGUUGAAGGCAAUUUUGUCGGCGCUGUGGAAUCUUUCCGCGCAUUGCAGCACGAAUAAGGCAGAGUUUUGUGCCGUCGAUGGAGCGUUGGCUUUUCUCGUUGGCAUGUUGAGCUAUGAGGGACCGAGCAAGACGCUGAAGAUCAUUGAGAACGCUGGCGGCAUAUUGCGCAAUGUUUCAAGUCACAUUGCGGUCUGUGAACCUUAUAGACAGAUCUUGAGGCAGCACAAUUGUUUGGCCAUACUUCUGCAGCAACUGAAGUCGGAGAGUUUGACGGUUGUCAGUAAUUCAUGCGGCACUUUGUGGAACUUGUCAGCCCGUUGUCCGGAGGAUCAGAAGUUCCUGUGGGACAAUGGUGCGGUGCCUAUGUUGCGUUCGUUGAUACACUCCAAGCACGCCAUGAUCUCCGAGGGCAGCUCGUCGGCUCUGAAGAAUCUGCUGAAUUUUCGCCCCGCUGUACAGAAUCAAGAGCAAUUGGAUCCCAUAGCGCGUUCGAUGGGACUGAAACAGUUGCCCACGCUCAAGGCGCGCAAGCAGAAGGCACUGCAACAGGAGUUGGGUCAGGGACAUGCCGAGACCUGCGAUAAUCUCGACAGCAACACAGGAAAUAAGUCAACGACUUCAUCGACAGCUGUAGCCGGAGCUUCGCGUCGUCAUCCGCCGCGUUUAUCGCGCUCAGCUUUGCUCACCAAGAGCGAGAGUCGCGACUCUGUUUAUUCGGCCAAAUCGGACACAGCCUAUGAGCAUCUAAUGCGUUCGGAUUCCACGCAACGUCCGGGCAACUUUGAACUCGACGAUCUGCAGCAGCAGGCGGAUGCCAUUGAGGAGCAACCCAUUGACUAUUCGGUCAAGUACAGUGAAGCGGCGACGGCAAAGACAACAACGACCACAUAUCAGGAAACGGACUUGGAUCAACCCACGGAUUUCAGUCUGCGCUAUGCGGAGAAUCAGCUGGAGUCGACGGCAGUGCAGCAGGUGCCAGUUAAGGCAGCUGUGGGUCAGCAAGAGGAGGCGGAUGCCUCGCAGGAAAUACUGCUCAUACUGGAUGACAGCGUCAAGUGUUAUCAGACUGAGGAUACGCCCUAUGUCAUAUCAAAUGCAGCUUCAGUGACCGAUUUACGUUUGGCCGCCAAAGCUGAAGUGGAGACAGAAGCCGAGGUGUCGCCGCCAGCAGAGCUUAAAGAUCAGGAGGCAGCAGAAGUAGCCACAAAGAAACCGACAGCCAAGAAGCCCGCCACAAAGGUGCCGCAAUGCGCCUCCGGUUCGUAUACGCCGGAGAAGCCAAUCAACUACUGUGAGGAGGGAACACCAGGCUACUUUAGCCGCUAUGAUUCGCUGAGUAGUCUGGAUGAACCGGGCAAGGUCGUAGCUCCAGUGAAACCAGUCGAGACUGACAAGCAACAGCAGGAACAGGAGCAGCUGCCCAUUGAGGAGCAACAACAGCAAGAAGUGGAACCUCAGCAGGAACAGCAACUGAAAUCUGUGGCCAACAAUUCAGCGCUAGACACACCGCUAAUGUUUUCACGUCGCAGCUCCAUGGACUCGCUGGACGUGGAUGUGGAUGCCACGUGCGAUGACAAAAGCUCGGUGGUCAGUGAUUUUAGUCGCUUGGCCAGCGGAGUCAUUUCGCCAUCGGAGCUGCCCGAUUCGCCCACACAAAGCAUGCCACAAUCGCCGCGUCGCAUCAGCGUCGCAAGUGCUAAUCCUCUCCAGCCUGCAGUGGUCACGCAACGCCCAUUGCGCAGCGUCUUUGAGGAUGAUCUGAGCAGCUUCAAUGUGGAGCAUACGCCGGCACAGUUCUCGAAUGCCACAAGUCUCAGUAAUCUGAGCAUUGUCGAUGAGGAUGAAAAGCCGUUGGCCGAUGAAAAUGACAAGGAAGCGGAGGAUGAACUGUUACUGGCCAGCUGCAUCAACAUGGGCAUGCAACGCACAGCGGCAGGCAACAUUGCUGUGGCUACUGCAGUCGCUCCCUCUGCCACGUUGGCUGAGGAGACAACGCACAGCUAUUGCACCGAGGACACUCCAGCGUUGCUCUCUAAGGUGGGAAGCAACACCAAUCUGUCGGCCAUCUCGAUUAACUCGACACCAGGUGUGCCACAAGAGCAACAACAGCCGCAACGCUAUUCGCUCAAUCUGUCCGAUGAUGUGUCCUCCAAUGCUUCGGAUUGUGGCGGAGUGUUGCAGCAAUGCAUUCGCGAUGGCAUGAAGAAGUCGGCUCCGUUGCCUGCUGCUCUGGACAUGUUGCGUGGCAGCGGCGCCUACGAUGAGAUGAACAAGUAUCUGGUGGAGGAUUCGCCCUGCAAUUUCUCGGUGGUCUCUGGACUGUCCAAUCUCACAGUGGGUUCCAGUUUGGUGGGUCCAGCUGUUCAGCUGAAGGAACAGAGCAGCACUGAACUUGCGGCUGCUGCUCUGCCAGCUGUGCCCUUGGCUGUUCCAGAGACAACUCGUAGGCCGCCGCAUUGGCAGGACGAUUCACUCAGCUCGCUGUCCAUUGACUCCGAGGAUGACACCAAUCUGCUAAGUCAGGCAAUUGCCGCUGGCUGCAAUCGCCCCAAGUCGAAUCUGGGCUUCAGCUCCACGGCCUCGGGCAGCAAACGCUCCAGCUCGCUGUGCUCCAGCUCACAGCCCAUAGCCAUCAAUGCGGCCACCUCGGCGAGCUCCUUGAACUCGGCCAUGAGUGCACGCAAGCAGCAAAUGCAACAGGAAUCCUACAGCUCGGUGGACUCCAGUGAUUCGAAUGAUAAUCAAUCCAAGUCGCUGUUUGAGCUGUGCAUACUCAAUGGCAUGUACAAGUCGAGGGAGCCGGGCAACAGAGCUCAGCUGCAGCAGCAACAGUUGUCGACAGCCACAGCCUCAGCUCAAUCGAAUCCCAAUCUCAAGCAAUACGAUUCGUUGCCCGUGCAGCUGCCGGCGCAAUCGAAGCGACAUCGUGAGCGGCAUCAUCAUCAUCACCGGGAGCAUCAUCAUCAUCAACAGAGGGAGCGAGAGCGUGAGCGCAAGGACGAGAAGCUGCUGAUGGAGUGCAUCAAUACGGGCAUCUCAAAGAAGAUCAAUGCGUUGCCAAAAAACGCGCCAGCUACGUCUGCAGCUGCAUUGGAACCGUGUCACCCAAUGGCAGCUACUACAUCAGCAAGUGUCAACAGCACAGCAGCAGCAGCUCCAGACGUAGGCAAGAAAAGGCAACACAAUCAUCAACAGCAGCUUCUCUACAGCAACAGCAACCAGAGCAUUCAGCAAUACAGCAACCACAGCAGCAGCAACAACGCCAUCGACAUCGACACAGACGCAGCAAAAAGUCCAGCUCCAAGUCCCGAGAUCGACAACUCGAUCGAUCCCGUGACCGUUAUUGGGUCUAGACCCAACGAUCUCUCCAGCGAUGAAUCAAAUCAAUCAUUUAUACUCGACACUUCCGUACGACUCGAGGAGCACAAAGAGGCAGCAAAGCCAAGUGGCGCCGACAAGCACAAGGAUCCCGAUUUGAUGUUGAAAUCCGUGGAGCGUUUAACCCUCGAGUUUGUCACAUCCGCCGAGCAGCUGCGACACAGUCAGAGCAACAGCCAGAGUCACAGCGAGAGUCCGCGGAGUCAGCGCAAGACGCACAGCAACACCAGCAACAACAACACAUGGAACGAGCACAGUUGUCCGAAUGAUGUCUCCUUUCCCAGCCUCAGUCAAACGGCCCCGAAACUGGCCUCGCUCAGCUUUGACGACGAUCCAACUGAUGUCGAGGUCACCCAAGCGGAGGCACUGGAACUGCAUGAUUUUGUGGAAAUAACGCCAACCAAUGAGACGCAAACGAUGCCCUCAUUAGGCUUGACAACCGAUCACAUUGAUGCAACUCCACCACAGCCUCAACUGCAGUUCCAGCUGGGCGGACAAGUGCAGAACGCGGCUGCUCUGCAUCAGCAGCAACAUCAACAGCAGCAGCGUAUGCUGCUCUUCAAUGGCACCAGCGCCUCGAUGAUGACCAACUCCACAAUGAUUGCGUUUGAGGCGCGUGCGCUGGCCGAGAAUCUGCAGCAACUGCAGCAGACAACGGACGACGACGACGAUGACAAUGAUAGCACUGCGGCUCAGUUGACAUUCAGCAUUAAUGGCAGCCUGGAUUUGGAUAAUGUGCGUCCGCCGUCGGGCAUGGAUUCGUUGAAUUCCGCCUGCAACACGCAGCCGAGUUCGUUGCGUCAUCAAGCGUUGCCCAGCAAAUCACCGAGAUUUGCGCGCAAAGCUUUCCCCGCUGGUUUGGUGGCAAAGCGUGCGCUUGGCCAGCUGGCGGGCAGUGCUGAGAGUGUCAACUCCAGUUGCAAUCUGCUGGAUAACAUAAAGCCGCCGUCGCUCAUGGACGAGCUGCUCGACUCGAUGAUCAGCGUGGACAGCAUACAGUCGGAGGUAGCGGAUGCUGGCGAGGAUUGCAGCAUGGCUACCACAAUAUCGGUGUCCAACUAUGAGACGGCUGCUUGCGAUGAUCAAACGUUGACGCUGACUAUGCUGCAGAGUUGCUGUGACUACGACGAUGAGGAGGAUGCCACCAUGAAUGAGGAUUUCAGUUCGGCUGAGUCAACGCCCAAGCAAGGCACGACACCGUCGCCGAAUCGACGCACGCUGACGCCCAAGCAGAAGCGUCGCCUGGCCAAAGAUCGCUACAAGACAUACACCAUAUCGAGCAGUGCUCUAGAGGAUGCCCAGGAGACGCUGCAAAUCGAGAUUGUUGAGACGCCGACGCCACGUGCCCAGGGACGAAGACGUGGCAGCUCGGAGCGCUACAAGACGCAGUUAAUUGAGUGUCCACGGCAACUGUUGCAACAGCAUGGUGAUGAUGAUGAUGGCGUCAGCGAGCAAUUGUCCUCCAUGCGCGCCAUGAUGCAGCAGUUCACCUACAUCACAGACAUCAACUUUGGUCAGCCGCAAAUGGAGCAACAGCCGGAGCAGCAGCCAGAUGAUCCACCUAGCUGUGAACUCGAUCAGAAUUCGGAAACGGAAUCGUGUCAUGGUCGGGCCUCAACGCCGCCAAUCGCUGCAGUCGCUGUGGUGAAGCGGGCAACGCCACCGCCCACUUUGGAACCUGCUGCGGCAGUGAAAGUGGUGCGUGGACGCAAGAAGCCCGCUUACAUCUCACCCUACAGCAUGCAGAGUCAGCGCAACAGCAGCAAUGCGGCAGCAACAGCUGCUGCCUCGACUAAGAACAAGACGCUUUCGCCUACGAUUGCCAAGCGAAAUGCAUUGCCGGGAAUGAGAUUGCCAGUGAAGAAGAAGACUGUAGGAGGAGCAACAACAACAGUUGCUAAAGAAACAAAACCGACAGCCACAAAAGAAGCAAAACCAGCAGCAACAGCUGAAGAAGCAACAGCUGAAGAAGCAACGCCAGCUCCUCGGCUGGAACGUCAAGGCACUUUUGUCAAGGAUGAGCCCACAAACAUAAACGCACAAGUCCCCAUUGUGGAGGCACUGAGUCCAACGACGCAGCGUGCUUCCAAGCUGCCCAUGAAGCGCACAACAACAACAACAACCAGCACAGUUAAGACAGCAGCCAGCAAGACAGCAACAACUGUUGUGGCCACUGCUAAAGCGAAUUCGCCGAAGCGCAUCAUUGGCAAGCCAGCAACAACCAGAGUGAUGCCACAACAACUGCAACAACAACGUGCCAACACAAAUAUUAGGCUGGCCAGCGCCAAAGCAGCGGCUGCAUCACGCGUAGCCGCUCAAGCGUCGCGUGUGUCCUCAACCACGCCGCCCUCGCGCAGCAAUUCCAAUUUGAAUGGCAACACGGCGGCGGCAGCGGCGGCCGCUAAGAUUAACCAAGCGCAGAGUCGCAUUGCCAACAUCUGGAAGCGUGUCGACGAGGCCAAGACAAAGGGCAACAAGCAGCAAUCGGCUGUCAGCAAUUUGAAGACGCAACAAACGAAAUCUUCCAAUACUUUGAAUAAUGGUGGCACACGUCCAACGCUGCUGCGCAGCUCCACAUUUGACAAUACGCCGCCGGGAGGAGCAGCAGCAGGAGCAGGAGUUCCAGUUGUUGCCACAACCAAGUCCCGACUCCCCGUUGUGGGUGCUCGCAAAUAAAGGGGAAUCACAUUAACGCACAGUUAAAAUGAAAGCGCAAGAGAGUUGAUGAUGGAAAAUCAAAAAUAAGAUUAUAUACGCAAUAUUCUAUUCAACUUGAUAGGUAGUUUAGAUCAAUAAGCGAUAUCAUUUAUGUAUUCUAUAUAUAGAGAGAGAGAAAGAGAGAGUAAGGAAACACUCCUAGUUACUUAUUACUAAUCCAAUUCACAGUCAGCAACCGGGUUAAUUCAGCUCCAAGUUCGUGUGUAGCCAAAUGUAUUGCAUAAUAAUACCUAUAGAUCCUAUAUACUAACUAUAUAUAGAUAUGUUUUCAGGCCUUUCCAAUGUGUACAAAUAUAUAUACACACACACAAUAUAAAUAUAUAUACGAUAUUUAAAGUUAUACAAACAAUAUAUCAGUCAAUAUAUAUACUCGUAUAUAGGAAAGAAUAGCUGGCCUAAAACGUAAUCGGGAAACUUAUUUAGUACUACACUUAAAUAUAAAAACGUAAAUUUAGCGUUAUUUGUUUUUAUAUAUAUGUAUGCCUUUGGCUUCCUUUUUGCAAAAACCAAAUAUUAUUUCAAAAAAACAACAAUGAUAAAUCACAUUUAUAGUCACAGCUUUUUAAGUGAACAUCGAACGACGUUCGAUUUAAUAUGUAAUACAUUUUUUAUGGUGUAAUCUUUAGAUGUAAUUUGUAUUUGUAUUUCCUUUGAGCUUAUCAACAAAAUACAAAAUCGGUCUGUAGUUAGUUUUGAUUUAAGCCCAAUUUUACAUUUCUAAUACAUAUUAAAAUAAUAAACAACCAAAAUUGCUUUUCGACAACACAA